AUGUACAAACAAACAAUAAAGACUGUAUCGAUUGACAAAGACGAACAUACCACCGCAAAUAGAGCACGGCAUCGAUACCAUCAUGCCUCACAGCACGCGCUGCAUACCCCAAAUGACCUUCAACUCCGUGGGCAAUCCCCCGUACGUCAUGGUAAGUUCCUCCCCCUUCUCCAUCUCCUGCAAGAAGCGCAGGCAAAUGACAGGCUCAUGGGCUGUGGGGGUAUGCUCUGGAAGAACCAUCAGCGCCACAUAUUCUCAUGCUCAUUGUGGUUGCACAUAUCAAUCAUAGGGCAGAAAAACGCGAUGGGUUCCUUCACAAAAUUUUUAUCGUCCUCCGGCCCAAUGAUCUCAAAGACGUUUUCAAAAGGCGUCUCACUAAACGCAUGCCGCAGCGUCGAGCAGUGGUCAGUCGGGGCCAUGCGGCUGAAUAUCAUCGACAACGACCACUGA